AUGACUCGAUCAUCUCAGCCCGCGCGAAAGAGCCACUCCCGCAUUAUCUCAGAGUCAUACUCUUAUGCCACUGUCAGGUUGACCACGCCUGCUACAUCUGCAUCAUCUUCACCUGAACCUCAUCUCGUCUCGUCCUCCACAUCCGCCAUGGCUGGUCGCCGAGGCACCAUGCGCCGCAGUCCGCAGUCACAAUCCGAGCUCCCCUUACCCAUUACCUAUACCCCUACCACCCACCGUAUCAGCAAGGCAAAGAAGGGAAAGCGGGUACACGCUUGCGAAUAUCCUGGAUGUGACAAGGUCUUCACCCGGGCAGAGCACCGCAGGCGACAUGAGGUGAACCACAACCCAGAGGCCUCACACCGGUGUACAUAUCCAGGUUGCAAAAAGGCUUUCCACCGGUCAGACCUGUUAACGCGACACAUGGAGAGACAUAAAUUGGAAGCUCAGUCGGAGCAACGCCACUGGACACCACCAGCUUCAUCCGCGCUGCUCGACGAUUCCGCCUCAGUCUCACGCUGCGUGUCCAUGGACAGCCCCCAGAUGCUCACCGGAACCCCGCCACAGUCGCAUGCGAUGUCGAUUGGCACCAUCGUGGCACCGGGGAUUCACCCAGACCUCGCCAACGGCUGCUCAUUGAUGUGGAAUGGCAUUGACUUGCCGCUGCAGCCUCGCCCCACGACCAACCUGUUCCAAAACCUGCCCGAGUCCGUGGACGACAGCCCAUUUUACUCCUCCCCUCCAGAGACCUGCCCCUCUCCACUCUCCGAUGUGGCCUUUACAACGAUGCCUUCCCAACCGGGCUCCAUCUCAUCAAUCUCCUCGCUUGGCAGCUCUCUGCUGGAUCAAUACCCGAAAACCAUCCUGAACGCCGACGUGACCUCGUCCCCUCAACAAAUGCCCACUCCUCUCCGGUGGGACAAUCCCGAUGCGGGAAUGCCCCCAUCCCACAUGGUAGCCAUGUCGAUGGAGGAGAGCCUGAUCCAGCACCCUGCGCAAUGUCACUACCCUUCUCCCUCCUGGUCUGGGACCGAUUGCCUCUACGAUGAGCAAGUACAGUCAUUGACCCAAUUUCAGCCCAUAAGCUGGAAGCAAUGGGACAUGUGA